CACAAGGCCGCCUCAUCGUUUCGAACUCAGAAGAGACAGGCUAAAGAAGCUGCAGCUCAUCUCUCAGACCAAAGCUUAGAGAGAGAUUAGAGCGAGCGAGCGAGCGAGAGAGAGAGAGUUCCAUCUACUCUCUGCGUCAUUUUGAAGCAACUGCAGCCUUUUAGGUUCCUCUAACCCUUUGAGCUCUGGAAGUCUUCCCAAAUUUGCGAAUCCUGUUCAGAACUCUCCUCUGCAGUUCUCCAACUUCGUCUUCGGCUCGGUCUUUGUUGAGCUCAGGCUGAUAUUUCCUGCUCCAGUUCUUUUGAGAGCCCUCCGGCGGCUAGCGAGGGCCAGCUUUUAGUGCUGUGUGACGAGUUCUCGAGUUUUUCCUCUCAUUAGGGCUUCCCGUUUCUGCUCUCGAGAGGAAUGCACAGAUCGCGGAGCAGAGAGAAGCCUCGUGCGGAUUUCGAUCCGUCGUCCACCACCGAAGGCAAACCCGCAGCCGCUGAGGGUUAUAAUCAUCCAAGGAACUAUAUUAAGGCAUCAAGGAUGCAGUUGGAUUCUGAUUUUUCAUAUGGCCCCCCAACUGAAGCAAAUUCUAUUACCUUUGAUUUUAAGAGCAGCACUUCCAAAAAGAAAACUAAAGCACCGUUAAGAGCUCCAAUGGCUGAACAGAAAUCAACCGAAAUUCAAAUUAAGCGAUCCUCUCCAACUGUAAUUGCCAAGCUUAUGGGCCUUGACACAUUGCCUUCUCCUCUACCCCUUAAACCGCCAAAGGAAGCAAAAAAUUGUUCCCCGAAGCUUUCCUCUAAAGAUAUCCUAGAGAAACCAGCCCGAGACGAUCGCUCGCUUACAAAAUCCAAUGAUUCGCAGCUUGAAUUCAAAGAUGUUUUCGAAGUUGUGGAAUUGCCAAAAGCUGAGAAACAUGAGAACCACAAUAUUCGUAAGCAGAGGCCCAACAAAAAACCGAGCGAGACAGGCAUGGCUUUUAUACGUCAGAGCUUCAUUAAUGCAAAGCGCCUAUCCACUGAUGAAAUGCUUCAGAGAUCUAAGGAAUUCGAUAAUGCAUUGGAAGUACUCGAAUCAAACAAGGAUCUUUUCUUAAAAUUACUUCAAGAGCCCCAUUCUUUGUUCUCAAAACACUUUCAGGACCUUUGUCACCCCCCUCCCUCUCCACAUCUGAGCCACGCCUUAAUUCAGGAAUCAUCAAGAAGUAGCCUUUCUACAAGCUGUGAGUCGUCUUUAAGAUCAGAAAUAAAAGAUAAGAGGUACGUUCAUCAAAUUAGUGGUUCACAACCAUUGAAGAAACCUGCAGCUAACUCUAAAAAUCAUCCAUUUAGAGAAUCUAAAUGUUCUCCUGAGAAACUUUCUGGCAAAGAUCAUGCCCAACCCACAGAGAUUGUUAUUCUGAAACCAGGUAUUGCGAAGGCUCGAAAGGCGGAACAAACUGUUGGAUCUCUUAAAACCUCUGAUAACCACAUGUAUGGUGCUAUAAACCAUAGAGAACUUCCGAGGGAAGAGAUAACGAGAAGGAUGGCAUAUGCUUCAAAAUACAGUAAUUAUGUUGAGGAUGAUGGUCUGUGGCCCAAGCCAAGUAUUUCAAACAAUUCUGAUAUUGUUUAUGAGUAUCGUAAGAGUUUUAGCCCCUCAUCUUCUUCUUUCAUUGAAUCUUCAGCUAAUUUGAAGGCUGGUAAGGACCUGUCUGACCAGCGGAGGUUGAACCACCACGAAGAAGGCCUUUUGAUGAGAACGUCGAGCACUCUGGGUGAGAUUCUGGCUUUAUCCGACAAUGAGACAACAAAUAGGGCAAGAAAUACAUCAUUUGUGAAGAAAGUUCACCCUUUUAGUAUCAGUAGCAAAGAUCGCUGGAAAGAUGGCUUCUUUAGGGAUCUACCAAGUUCUAAAUCUCUCCCAGCUUCAUCUCUUGUUUAUGAAAAUUGUCUUCAUAACUCUAGAAACAGAUUUGUCAGUGGUAAGAGCAGGUUUAUGCCUAAGAAUUCUUCACUUAAAAGCCUCCCAGAUGGAAGAGGAAAUAGAUUACCUGUAAGGGAGGUUCAUGUGAGUUCAGAGGACUUUAAGCAUAAAUCUUAUGUGGUUUCUGCUGCUAAAGAGAAACAGACAGCUCGUAAUCUCUCUGAUAAUUGUAGCGUUGGUGUAGAGGAUUUUUUACCGGUUCAUUCCAGUAACAUUGCUGUACCUUCACUUUUAAUGAAAGGGAAGGUGUCUGAGAAGCUUCCUAGAGUUACAAGAUCAGAAAUGAAUGGCAAACAUUCGGAGUUUGGGUUCGGCGAUAUGCAUUCCAAGCAAGGACAAUCUAAUGUUGGCAUAGAUGAGCUUCUUCCAUUCUACUGCAAUAAGUCGGUGUCAGUUUCUCCUGAUAUGUACAAGGAAGCAGACCAGCCAAGCCCAGUUUCAGUUUUAGAGCUCUCAUCUAAAGAAAGCGAGACUAUUUCAGAAUCUUUUAAGAAGAUUAGCGCCGACCUUCAAGAUCACUCCUAUGUCACAGAGCUUCGCACACAACUCCAAUUUCUCAGUCUCGACUCAACCAAUGGUUUCACAGAGGAAAUUGAAGCAUUUAUAUCCUUUGAUGACGAUUCUGUAGAGCCCUUAGGGGACAUACUCCAAGCAUUUAGAGACGAAGAGGAGAGAGACUAUUCGUACCUUCUUGACAUGCUCAUCGAUUCCGGAAUCCUUAAAUACGACAAAAUCAAGCUUUUUGGUGUCGCCGAACUCCCAGUUUCUGUAAAUGUCUUCAGCAGGCUUGAGAAGAAGUACAAAUCAGUAGAAUCAUGGCCAAGAUCAGAAAGGAAGUUCUUAUUUGAUCUUAUAAACUCAACAUUAUCAGAAAUUUCUGCUAUGUAUUUUAUGAAUAUAUGGCCAUGGAUCAAACCAAGCUUUUGCUGGAAGUCCAAGAUGGCUCAUGAAGGUCUGGUUGAGGAGAUCUGGCAGUCAGUGGUAAGGUGUAGGAAGGAGAUUAGUAGCAGUUUUUCAGAAGAAAAUCUCAUUGGAUUAAGCUGGUCUGAUGGAGUUAAUGGCUCUGAAGUUGUUGCAACUGAACUGGAGAAUAUGUUAUUUGAAACUUUGUUGGAUCAGCUUGUAAAAGAGCUUAUGUAUAUGUAGGGUGUUAUUUGUAAAAAAUGAAAAAGUUGUCAUCCUGAAGAACUAAAGUGGGGAGCUUUGUCUGAGUAAAACUUCUGAAGGUCGGAUUAAUGGCGAAAAAAAGAUAUUUUGGAGUCUUUUUGAGGAGGCAGAUUUGCAUGGAAGGCCAGCAAAUUCUAUGUAUCGAUUAAGCUCACCUUCGAAGGAGGUUCGAUUUGCAAUUUUCUCUAUUAUGUAUAUUCUUUCACCAAGUAUAAGUUGGUGUGACCUUAUGGUGUGUAAUUUGAUAAAUAUAUAUGAAGGGAUGUUUACAUA